CCCGAGUGCGCCUGCGCGCAGGUGGGGUUGGCCUGGAGGCGCUGCAGCCUGGGCAGGUGACUGCGGGGCUCCGGUCCCGAGCGGGAGACGCGGAUUGCAGAUGGGGAGGCUGAGAACGGAGGUCACUACGGCAAGGUCCAGCAACCACACAAGUGCCGAAGGUCAGGUUCAUUCGCAGCUGGGAGACCCCAACACACCCACCUUGCUUGCCUGAACCCCAGGGAUUCCCCCUUCCACCAGGCAACAUGAAACCUAAACUGAUGUACCAGGAGCUGAAAGUGCCUGCUGAGGACCCCGCCAGCGAGCUGGCCAUCAGUGAGCUUGAGGCAUGGAAGGCUGCGGAGAAGAAAGCCCGCUGGGUCCUGCUGGUUCUCAUCCUGGCUGUGGUGGGCUUCGGGGCCCUGAUGACUCAGCUCUUUCUCUGGGAAUACGGAGACUUACAUCUGUUUGGGCCCAACCAGCGUCCUGCCCCCUGCUAUGACCCCUGCGAGGCAGUGCUGGUGGAGAGCAUUCCCCAGGGCCUCGACUUCCCCAAUGCCUCCACAAGUAACCCGUCCACCAGCCAGGCCUGGCUAGGCCUGCUCGCCGGCGCCCACAGCAGCCUGGACAUCGCCUCCUUCUACUGGACCCUCACUAACAAUGACACCCACACGCAGGAACCUUCCGCCCAGCAGGGUGAGGAGGUCCUACGGCAGCUGCAGAGUCUGGCACCGCGGGGUGUGAAGGUGCGCAUUGCUGUGAGCAAGCCCAGUGGGCCGCAGCCACAAGCUGACCUGCAGGCCAUGCUGCAGAGUGGCGCCCAGGUGCGCAUGGUGGACAUGCAGAAGCUGACCCACGGCGUCCUGCACACCAAGUUCUGGGUGGUGGACCAGACCCACUUCUACCUGGGCAGUGCCAACAUGGACUGGCGCUCACUGACCCAGGUGAAGGAGCUGGGCGUGGUCAUGUACAAUUGCAGCUGUCUGGCCCGCGACCUGACCAAAAUCUUCGAGGCCUACUGGUUCCUGGGCCAGGCUGGCAGCUCCAUCCCGUCCACCUGGCCCCGCUCCUAUGACACCCGCUACAACCAGGAGACACCCAUGGAGAUCUGCCUCAACGGGACCCCUGCCCUGGCCUACCUGGCGAGUGCUCCCCCACCACUGUGUCCGAGUGGCCGCACCCCAGACCUGAAGGCGCUGUUAAACGUCGUGGACAGUGCCCGGAGCUUCAUCUACAUUGCUGUCAUGAACUACCUGCCCACCAUGGAGUUCUCCCACCCGCGCAGGUUCUGGCCGGCCAUCGAUGAUGGGCUGCGGCGGGCUGCCUACGAGCGCAAUGUCAAGGUGCGCCUGCUGGUCAGCUGCUGGGGCCACUCGGAGCCGUCCAUGCGCGCUUUCCUGCUCUCCCUGGCGGCCCUGCGUGACAACCACACCCAUUCUGACAUCCAGGUGAAACUCUUCGUGGUCCCCGCGGAUGAGGCCCAGGCCCGGAUCCCGUACGCCCGCGUCAACCACAACAAGUACAUGGUGACUGAGCGCGCCACCUACAUCGGAACCUCCAACUGGUCUGGCAGCUACUUCUCGGAGACCGCAGGUGCCUCACUGCUGGUGACGCAGAAUGGCCAUGGAGGCCUGCGAAGCCAGCUGGAGGCCGUGUUCCUGCGGGACUGGGACUCGCCUUACAGCCACGACCUCAGCACCUCGGCCGACAGUGUGGGCAACGCCUGCCGCCUGCUCUGAGGCUCCCUGGGGGCCCUGCGCCCGCACCCCUGUUUCUCUGUGCCCUGGAGUACCUCCACAGGCUCACCCCACCCUGCACUCCUGCCUCAACCUCUGUCCCCGCCGGCUUGAUGCGGUGGCCCCAGGACCCAGCAGGGCUGGGGGAGGGAUCAGCCCCCAAAGAAGUGGGGGUGCAUGCUGGGCCCGGCUCCUGGACCCAUCCCGCCUUUUCAGGGCCUGUGAUUAUAUUAAGUAAAUAACUUGUCUGUA